CUUCAAAACAUCCAAUCAGGCGUGAGUCUGGACCUGCUUUUCUACUGAACUCACAAGUUCAUUACCUCACUAUCACUUUGUCUAAACAGGAACGAUGAUCACACUCUUUGUCGCGCUUUACUCUCUUUUUUCUCUCUGCACAGCUGUAAAAACUUCUGACAUCAAGGAGCUUCAUGUGAAAACAGUAAAGCGUGGAGAAAAUGUAACUAUGGAGUGUAGCAUGAGCAAGGUCACAAACAAAAAUAAUUUAGCUUGGUACAGACAGAGUUUUGGAAAAGUGCCUCAGCAUUUUGUAAGAUAUUACGGGACUAAUAGCUACAAAUUUGCAGAGGGAUUUAAAGAUAUCCGCUUCAGUAUGACUGUAAAUGACCAGAAGUUUGAUCUCAACAUUAUCGGAACGAGAGAAGAUGAUGGAGGAGAAUAUUUCUGUGGAGAAGUGGAGGGAAGUUCAAUAAAGUUCACAUCUGGAACACGUCUGCAAUUUGAAGGGUCCAAUGAGGGUUCAAAGAGCAGUGAUGGAGAAGGAGACAAAUUUUGGAUUAUUGUCUUAACGACCUCCAUUAUAAUAUCUCUUAUUGUAAUCGUGUUUCUGCUUGGAGUUUUAUAUAAAAAUCAGAGAAAAGGUGCUUCAUCAAGAAACCAUCAAACUCCCACCAAUCAGGCUGAUGAUGAAGAUGUCUUGAACUAUGCAGCUGUGAGUUUUGCUAAGAAACCUUCAUCCUCCAGAACAUCCAGAGACAAGAGCCAUGAAGACGUUUAUGCACAAGUUAAAAUAAAAUAGAUAAAGACAAAUGACUUCAGACUUGAAACACAAGCAAAAUGUAAGUGUUAUUGCCGUUUCCAUGGUGACUCCUAACAUCAUUCAUCUACUGAUUUGCUUCACUUGAUGGAUGAAGCUUUAAAAAAUAUUUCUGAUCAAAAUCCUACAUCCUGCUGUUUUUUUCUUUCUUGAAUGAAAGUCUUAUAUUUGGGAUUUUUUCUCAGCAUUUUCUCUUGCACAUGAUUUCUAGAAUGUAAAAGAACAUUUUGUUUGAUUCUGAAGGUUAAAGUAUUAAAGAACGGCUCAUGGUUCACA